AUGGGAAGCCAAGUAGAAGAAGUGUUGAUGGUAGCAUCAAAAGCUGGGUCAGAUCUCAUAAAAAAUGAACUGGGUUCUUAUGGAGAGAAGCUAUUAGGAUCAAGCUCAGCUUAUGUGCAAAGCAAUAUUACAAAAUAUUUGUGUAAUUCUCAGUAUUAUUUUGAAGUGAAUGAUCAGUAUGUGAAGAACAAGUUGAAAAUAAUUCUAUUUCCAUUUCUACACAGGGGAUAUUGGAUGAGAACCACCGAGAAGGUUGGCGGUGAACUUUUUUAUAAACCUCCAAUUUAUGAUAUAAAUGCUCCUGAUUUGUACAUUCCAUUGAUGGCAUUUGGUACCUACCUUGUUCUAGCUGGCUUCUCUUUGGGCAUCAAUGGAAAGUUUAGCCCUGAAGCUUUAAGUGUGCAAUUAGCAAACGGAUUGCUAUGUUGGCUAUUUCAACUCCUCCUUCUUGAAGCUACUUUGCGCUCAUUAGGAGAUGGAGAUGUGCCUUUACUUGAUGUGGUUGCUUACGGCGGAUACACAUUCGCCGCCGUGUCGGUGGCCGUAUUAUCAAGAAUCACAUGUAGAUAUUGUUUCUACAUAGUAACAUUGUGGGAAAGCUUCUGUAUGGGAAUGUUCUUUGUGAAGAUUGUGAAGAGGAUUUUAAUUUGUGAGAUGAGAAAUUGUGAGAAGCAUUCAAGCAAACGACACUAUCUCUUGCUUUUACUUGCUAUUGCUCAAAUCCCAUUGCUAUUUUGGCUUGGUGAUGCUGGUGUUUGA